AUGGCCGCCAGGCCUCAGGGAGUCUCAGAGGGGGAGGAGGAGGUCAGAGGUCACUCAGAGGGUCAGACUGGAGGAGAUGAAGGAGCAGACUUGGGGUCACAAACCAGCAGCAUGAACCUGGAAGACGCUCUUGGAGGUUGGCCCUCUGGUGGCAACAACCAACCACAAGGUGGUACCUGGCCUGGAAACAACCCACAACAACCUGCUAACCCCACCUGGCCUGGAGAUCAGUCUGGAGGAGGAGGGGCUUGGCCUGGACAGCCGGGACAGCCAAGCCAGCCCUCCUGGCCCGGACAGCCAAACCAGCCAAGCCAGCCCAGCCAACCCUCCUGGCCCGGACAGCAGGGACAACCUAGCCAGCCCUCCUGGCCCGGACAGCCAAGCCAGCCCAGCCAGCCCAGCCAACCCUCCUGGCCCGGACAGCCGGGACAACCUAGCCAGCCCUCCUGGCCCAGACAGCCAAGCCAGCCGAGCCAGCCCGGACCUGGACCUGGACAUGGAUUCGGUCCGACCUCCGAGAUUAUGACGGCUCCGUACACUCUGCCUAAUGGAGUUCAUGACAAACUGCUCAUCACCAUCGUUGGAACCAUCAAACCAAACGCUAACAAGAUCGCAGUGGAUAUGUUAAAACCAUCAAACGACCUGGCCUUCCACUUCAACCCUCGCUUCAAUGAAAAUGGCAGAGAGGUGAUCGUCAGGAACUCCUAUAUUGGCAAAAAGUGGGGAAAAGAGGAAAGAGAAUGCUCAGGGCAUUUCCCCUUCACCCAAGGACAGCCAUUCGAGAUGAAGAUCAUGUGCUCCACCAGAGAGUUUAAGGUCGCCGUCAACAACUCUCACCUGCUGUCGUACCAAUACCGGAUCAGUGACCUGAAAAAUAUUAAACAAGUCAAUAUCUACGGCGAUCUCACCCUGAGCGAAGUCCGCAGAGAGACUCUGCCCUGAGGCAGUUCACCUCAUCAAGAUCUACAACAGAUCCAGUGGAGAUUCACUAGAGAUCUACUGGGAAUCCCCUCGAGAUCUACUACAGAUCCUCCCGAGAUCUACUCAGAAUCCACGGCUUAUCUACUGGGAAUCCACCACAGUUCUACUACAGAUCUACUGGAGAUCCACUAGAGAUCUGUUGGGGAUUCACCAGAGAUCUACUGCGGAUCCAUGGGAGAUAUGUUGGGGAUUCUCCAGAUAUCUACUGUGGAUCCAUGGGAGAUCUGUUGGGGAUUCACCAGAGAUCUGCUUGAGAUCUUUUGAAGAUCUACUGGUGAUGAACCACAGAUCUACCUGAGAUCAUCAGUACAUCCUCAGUUAAUACAAAAUGUAUCUGAUAAAUCUAUCAGUGAUUCUUGGUAACGUAAACAUAAAAUGUUCUUUGAUACAUAAACAUCCCCAGAAGGUUUUCAUUGGCUCCUGUACUAGUUUUUUUCUGUUUGACUCAAAUGAAUAAAGUUUUCAUCUUAG